GAAAGAAAGCAAAACCUUUGAAGAAAUGCGCGAUAAUUCAUUUAACAAUCAAAAAAUAAUUGAUAAACUCAAUAAGAACUUGCAACAACUCGAAAAGGAGAACCAACUGCUACAAACACGAAAUGGUAACUUGGAUCAUGAGAGACAAAAAACGGAAGAAAAAAUCGUUAGCAUCCAUGAGAAACUAUCAAAAUCUCGUAAGGAAGCCGUCGAACUACGCGCAGAAAUCAAAUGAAAGAAGAGCAGCUUUCUGCAGCUGAAGAAAUCAAGACUGAUUUACUCCGUAAGAUUGAAGACCUCAAAGACAUAAACAACAACAUGCAAGAAGCAAACAACUGCCUCACAGUAGAAAAGGACAAAAUCAGUAAGUUGUUACAGGAACAUCUUAGACUGCAGUCGCAAGCCAUGUUAAACAACUCCGCACAGAAACAACCAAACUUUGCCUCCCCGCCGGGUUUGUUCGUCGUUGAACGCUCGGAAACCCGCAAGCCUUCUGCAGAUUUAGAUAAUUCUUUUGAUGAGUGCUGUAACGAUGAAGAUAUGAUGCCAACUGCGCCUGAAUAUUUAACACAAGCAAGUUUAAAGGAGGAAUUACAGCUAAGUUCACCUACAAGUUCUUCAAUUGACUCGGAAAUGUCUAGUUCGAAUUGUUUCGGUAAUUCUGAGGUGAAAAAGAGGUUGGAUGACUUGUAUGAUCAGAUAGAUUGGCUUAAGAUUGAAAAUACUUCAUUGAAACAAUCGAAGGAAGAUGUUGUAGAGUUGAUACAAACAAAACUACAUUUAGAGAGUGUUAAUAAAGAGAGGGAUCAAACAAUUGUGGAUCUUAACAAGACAUUAAAGGUUGCUAAGAAUAAUGAAGAGGAGUUAACACAUCAAUGCGCAGAUUUAAAGGAAAAGUUGCAAAAUUUAGAAGAAAUUAAACGCAAUUUUGAUAUUAUUACGAAGGAAAUUACAGUUUUAAAAGACAAUAUUCAAGUAUUAAAAGAUGAUAAGGAUAAGUUAAUCAAAGAAAAUUCUGUGAAUGAAUCUAUGAUUGAACGGUUAAAGGAUAACCUCAAAACUUUAGAAAACGCGAAGAAAUGUCUUGAAUUAAAAAUAAAUAAUAUACAAGCCGAGAAAGAUAUACUGAUUGAAGAGCAUAAAAUUCAUAUAGAUCAAUAUUCUACAAAGAUUGAACAAUAUCAAAGUGAUAUAACCAAACUAGAAAAAAAAUUCUACGCUAGUAAUGAUCAAGUAACCUCACUUUUGGCCACGAACGAAGAGUCUGCAACCACCAACGCAAAGUUAUUCCUCCAACAUCAAAAACUUGUUGAUGUGCAUCAAGAACUUCAAGCGGAUUAUCAAUAUUAUACACAGACUAUUAAUGCUACUUGUACGAAGGAUCUAUCCACUCGUCAUAAACUCCAAUUACUUAUAAAGGCCAAAGAUAGUUACAGUAAACUUGAAACAAGACUGGAACUGCUUAUUCAAGAGAAACAAAAAGAAUCUGUUGAUUUGAACUCAAAGAUUAUAGAAUUAGAGAAGAAGUGUGCUCAGUUGAAUAGGAAUACACCCAGAAAGACACCCCAUGAUCGCGCGCAGCUGAAAAUAGAAAAACUACGUGAAAAAGUUGAUCAUUUGGAAGACACUCUCAAAAAAGAGAAGAGUAAACAGGCGUCUCUACAAGAGGAGCAAGAACAGCUUCAAAAAUGUAAUGAUUCAUUGAUCAAAGAAAAAAUUAUCAUACUCAAAGAAACUGAAGAAAGCAAAAGAAAUCUUGACAAACUACAGAAUACAUACAGUGAAUUAUUUGAUGUGGUUAAGAAUAUUUUAAGCGGUAGUCUUAAAUUAAGACACAACAUGUUAAAAUUGUCCAAAUUGUGGAAACCACUCUUUGAUAAAGUGAGCGCCGUUGGAGGAUUAGUAAAAUAUCUAGGAGAAGAUGACAGGAAUAACCAUUGCAGUUUGAAGGAGAUUAUUCAGGCACAGAAUGACAUACAGACAAUCACAUUGAUUUUGGAUGCGUUGGGAACUUAUAAUCUUCACGGUUUUAUCAACGGUGGAAAACCAGUUGAGGAGCAGAAUGUUUUAAAGAAUUUCGAUUUUCUAUCAAGACCCAUGUCUCCGGAUAGUCCUAACCUUGGUAGUAUAGAUGUGGUUGCUUCGAUUGGUGCAGGGGAUAGUCUUGUUAAUUGUGUUGGUGUUUUGGAGGACUCAGAAGGGUGUGAAGCUGAUGUUGAUAUUGGCCCAGGGUCAGAGGAGGAUGACUUCACAGACCGACUUAAAGAUUUACAUAAGAUGUAUUCAUCUGAUCAUUUGGAGUUUUUGAUGACUAAUGUCGGAUUGGAAAAGUCGUGCGAAAAUCUCGAUUUGCAAGCGUUCGUGGACGAUUUUGCCCUAACUUUCAUGGUAGACUGCACCGGGUACAAGAAUCGCCUCCUAGGACAAUUCGAGGUGCUUCAGGAGACGGUGACGCGGCUUGUGGAACAUCUACAGACAUUUACUACGCUCGGGAGCGAUUUAAAACGACGCAAUCUAUCUAUGGUUGCCUUGGUAAGAUGCCUCUUCGAGCUCACCAAGUCGGCCGAGCAGUACGGUGCAAUCCAGCAGGAGAUUCAAUCAAGUCAGAAUAUAAACUGUCUGAUUACCCACAUCACGAACCUGCGGGAACUAAAAGACAAUCGUAAAAUGGCCGCGGCUAGACUACGCGGAGAAACAGUUUAUGUUGACAAUCUGCAUGGCUCGCCAUCAGGUGACAAUCAGUUGUGUGAAGGCCCGCAGAAUCACCUCAUGUCAAUGUUAAAUGCAAUGAGGCCGGCGAAUGUCGUUCGACUGGUUGGUGCCGUGGCACUAGCAUUCCUUGUUUACUAUUUCUCACAACGCUUUGUUUCUAUGCUAGCUGCAUCCGAUUUACACGGCGGUGGUGGUGGGCGCCGAGAUGCCGUUUGCUGGUCGUCUUGGCUGGAUCUUUUGGCCUCUUGUUUUGGACGGCUGCGCGAGGAUGGACCCCCGCCCGUCUAGGUGGCAAUAUCAUAUGGUCCACCGACGCGAAAAUACAAGCGCCAUGUAAAACAAAGCCAAAACUUUCUUGUUCGUUUGUUUCAGACGUUUCAUAUUACUGCGAAAGUCGAAGAAUUGAACAAAUUGUGAUCUUUUCAAGUCAAGACAAUACGUUAAUUAGUUAAUAUAACUCAGAUUCUAAAUUUAUUUUGCUAUGAUACAAAGUUGAAACAAAAUAUACAUAUUAUUGAAAUUA